CUUGCAGCCUCAAACAUGAGUUCAUCUGAUCCACAGGCUUUACUUACCAUAACAAGUCAGGCUGCUUCUUCCUUUGGAUUGCAUAGUUUUUUGUAACAACGAGGGAGGUCUUGUUGGGAAGUAAUGGAUUUAAAUUCUAUCCGGAGUCGCUCUUUGAGGAAAGGCUGAUCAACUUCACGUAUGAACCGGAGCGGGAAGCCUUCAGACACCAGAGCUCAUCAUGAUGGAUGAAACAUCGCCUACAACGGGGAAUACAAAAUAACUGGAAGGCUCUUUAAGAAGGCGACUGGAGACUUGCAAGAUUGGCAGAACCCAUUAAGAAGCAUUCUGUAAAAGCAUAUCCAGUCACAGCUACAUCCAAGAAUGAGGAUCAAAUACACAAUAUCCAUCGUCUUUUUUGUGGCACUUGUUAUCAUUGAGAAGGAAAACAACAUUAUCUCAAGGGUGUCAGAUAAGCUGACCUUAAAGCAGACCCCCCAGACCCCUCUACAGGCCAGUGGUUUCUACCACAUACUGCCGAAGCACAAUGGUUCCUUAACCUCACUCAACAAGAUGGACUCUGCCUUCACGCUGAUGAAGCGGCGCCUGGAGGACUACAGCCAGCACCAAGAGGUGGUGACGGGGGGCAGGAAGCACAUCCUCCUGUUAGCCACCACUAGGACUGGCUCCUCGUUUGUGGGCGAGUUCUUCAACCAGCAGGGCGACAACAUGUUUUACCUGUUUGAGCCGUUGUGGCACGUGGAGAAGAUGUUGACGCUGGAGACCGGCGGCACCAACGCCACUGCGGCAGUGAAGGCGUACCGGGAAGUGCUCCGGCAGCUCUUCCUGUGUGACUUCUCCCUGCUGGAGCGCUUCAUUGACCCCCUACCUGUUGAUCAUAUCACCAGCGCUCUAUUCCGCAGGGAGUCCAGCAGCUCUCUAUGUGAGGAGUCGGUCUGCAGUCCGGGCAUCAAGGGGGUCUUUGAGCGUUAUCGCUGCAGGACCAGACGCUGUGGUCCCCUGAACUUGACCAUGGCGUCUGAGUCCUGCCUCCAAAAGGAGCACAGGGCCAUCAAGUCAGUGAGAGUGCGCCAGCUGGAGAACCUCCGUCCUCUGGCUGAAGACCCGCGCCUUGACGUGAAGUUCAUUCAGCUGGUUCGGGAUCCUCGGGCGGUACUUGCCUCGCGCAUGGUGGCGUUUGCAGACAAAUACAAGAACUGGAAGCAGUGGGCUAGAGAUGGGGAAGUGCCAAUUGAUGAUGACGAAGUGAGAAAGCUGAAAGGGAACUGCGACAACAUCAGAAUGUCGGCUGAGAUUGGACUCAGACAGCCACCAUGGCUUCGCAGGCGCUACAUGCUGGUGCGGUACGAAGACAUCGCUCGGUUCCCAAUGAGGAAGGCAACAGAGAUGUACAGGUUUACUGGGAUCCCGUUCACUCCAAAAGUGAAAUCCUGGAUCCUGAAGAACACCCAGGCCUCCAAGGAGGCCAGCGGUGUUUACUCCACGCAGAAAAACUCCUCAGAACAAGUAGAGAAAUGGAGGUUCAGUUUACCAUUUAAAAUAGCCCAGGUUGUACAGAAAGUUUGUGGACCAACACUGAAGCUUUUUGGGUAUAAAUUUGUAAGCAGUGAAGAAAUGCUAACAGAUAAGACUGUUAGUUUGAUUGAGGACAAAGUGUUCAACUUUUUAUAGACUUUCACGGACAUUAACUCUCAAACCAGAUGCAGGAAAAAACAACCUUUCAGAAAAACUCUGAAAAUACAUAUUUAUUAGGGUAAUGUAUCCUGAUACAGAGAGCCAGUGUGUGCUAUUUAAAAGUUUUGUAAUAUUUAAAAUAGUUUGAUGAAGAAAAUGUAUUGUUGAUCAGAAAGUUAAGUUAAAUAUUGAAGCAAGGGUGUAUAUAGAGACUUUACGUAUGGGAAAAUAGAAAGCUAUCUUUGUUUUUGCACUGCGGCCUUUUUUCUCUGCCAAACUGUAUCGUUAGCUUGUUCUGCAAGCCUGUCUAAAUUUUACUUCUUAGCAAAUAUAGGAAAGUCCCGUGGGAGAUAGCUGUGGGUUUGUGAACAAGAACGAACUGUUUCAAACACUUACAGGAACCACGCUAGUUUUUUUUUUUUCAGCAACUCCAGUUAGCAACAUAGGCUGCUUUUACACCAAAGAAACUUGAAACGAAAUGUUUUGCAUAGCCAAAAGUAAGAAAGAAAAGCUUUGUAUAGCAAUGCUUAUGGCAGGAAGAGGAAACACCAAUUUAUUUCUACGCAUGAGACUGAGAAGUAAUGUCCCAUGUUAAUUUAUUUAUUUCUUCUUUGCUAAGAGUCAUAAUGACUGUUUGUUCUGAAUGUGCAGGGUCUUUUCUUGCAUACAUAUACUGUAGUUUGCUGUAAAUGCUUGUUUGUAAUUGGCCAAAAGUUUUUUGAAGUUGUCCUCGGGAUCGGAAGGACCCAUUCUGUAAAAACAGAUGCUUACACUGCCACUGUACGUAAACAUUCCAACUGCAGCUGGUUUGCAGGAUUGUGUGAGGUUUGUCGGCAGGUCUGUUGACACAAGUCUGUUGGCUGGUGAUAAAAAGAGGCCCUGAUACUCCGGCCUGCCAGACUGUUUGCUGAUGUUCUAGUCUGUUCCUUUUGCAUCUUGUUUGUAACAAUAAAUGACAUUAACUGUUAAACAUCUGACUUUGGAAUGAAAAUACUGCAUGCAUAACUGUGGAAAACCGUUAUUUUAGUUAACUUGUCUGAGUUUCACAUCUAACUGACAUGAGCACAACUUCCCCAUUUCGUCAUCUUUCUCAGUUAUCUUUUUUAAUAAUCCAAGAGGUUGAAAGGGCAAGGAAGCAGAUGUGGCAGACCAAUGCAUAAGAUACUCACGUGGUUUAAAAUAAAAGGAACACCUGCCAAUACAGUAAACAGCUCACCUGCAAUAAACACUACCUUCGUAAAGCUUCUAAUGGAGUAUAGGUGUUAGUGGGGGUCUGUUUAUAAUUACAGCCCGUCUUUGCUGAUGUAUUUAUACCAGACGCAGGAACACUGCAUUUGCAAAGACGAACGGUGGUGACAAAAAAUUCAAUGACCCUUAUAGAUUAUUGGUUUAACAACACUACAAACUCAGGCCUCAUACAAGACAAAGUCUACAGCCCAGUGUCAGCUUUGUUAGGCUGUGCUUAGGCACAGUGAUGCUUUGUGCUAAAUGCUAACACCAGCGUGCUGACCUGCCCACAUGCUCACAAUGACAAUGCUAACAUGC